CUGCGCACUCCGUGCUGCCCGUUCUGUCGCGUCGGCGGCGUGCCCGCUUCCAACAUGGCGGCGGCGGUGUCCGGCGCGGUCGCCCGGGCGGGCUGGAGGCUCCUGCAGCUGCGGUGCCGCCUGCCCGUGUCCCGCUGCCGAGCAGCCCUGGUGCCACGUGCCUUCCAUGCUUCAGCCAUGCAGCUGAGAUCCACAGAUCAGCAGAAGCAGCAACCUCUGCCCUCCUCUCAGCAACAUUCUGAGACACGGGGUGCUGAAGAACCCAGUCCGGAGUCUUCUCAUUCACCCCCCAGGUACACAGACCAGGGCGGUGAGGAGGAAGAGGGCUACGAGAGCGAGGAGCAGCUGCAACACCGCAUCCUGACGGCAGCCCUGGAGUUCGUGCCUGCCCAUGGGUGGACAGCAGAGGCAAUUGCGGAAGGAGCCAAGUCUCUGGGUCUCUCCACUGCGGCCGCCAGCAUGUUUGGGAAUGAUGGCAGUGAGCUGAUACUGCAUUUUGUGACCCAGUGCAACGCCCGGCUCACCCGUGUGCUGGAAGAGGAGCAGAAGCUGGUUCAGCUGGGCCAGGCAGAGAAGAAGAAGACAGACCAGUUCCUGAAGGAUGCUGUAGAAACCAGACUGAGAAUGCUGAUCCCAUACAUUGAGCAUUGGCCCCGGGCCCUCAGCAUCCUCAUGCUCCCUCACAACAUCCCGUCCGGCCUGAGCCUGCUCACCAGCAUGGUGGACGACAUGUGGCAUUACGCUGGGGACCAGUCCACAGAUUUUAACUGGUACACCCGCCGUGCAGUGCUGGCCGGCAUCUACAACACGACAGAGCUGGUGAUGAUGCAGGACUCCUCCCCAGACUUUGAGGACACUUGGCGCUUCCUGGAAAACCGGAUUAACGAUGCAAUGAACAUGGGCCACACUGCCAAGCAGGUGAAGUCCACCGGAGAGGCACUGGUGCAAGGACUCAUGGGUGCGGCGGUGACGCUCAAGAACUUAACAGGCCUAAACCAGCGUCGGUGAGCAAGAAGGGACGUAAGCUAGAGUGCCCAGAAGAAAACCCGUGGAUAUAUUUAAGGGGCUUUGAAAUGUAUGAGGUGCCGUCCACGGAACAGGGCGUUAAUGAGAACACACAGAAGGAUCUAUCAUACUACCACAGCCUCCUGCAAACCAGGGCACUGGAGGAUACAGUCAGAGCCUGGGGUUGGGACACUUCAGUUCAUAAUACCAGGCCAGGCCUCCCGAUGCCUUUCAGCACCUCAGCCGUGUGAUUGGAAAAUGCAACACUCAAGCACCCUGACCACAGAAACCCAGCACGUUCCUGUCGUGGCCUCUCAGGCAGCUUGAUCGUGUCUUAACCUCCCCAGAAGUGCUCUCUGGGGCUCCAAGUUGGAAUCAGGGUCUGAAGUCACCCCAGGUGGCAGCUCCUCUACAGAACAGCACAGACCUGUACACCCAGAGGGUUCUGUGCUGCCUUUCCUUUCUCUGGCAUCCUGAGAUGCUGCACCUGGGAACCCCCUCAGCAAGCUGCCUCACCUGAGACAGGUGCCUGCUGCACAGUGUGCUCAACCUGGUCAGAGGUGUGAUCCUUGGCCCCUUGUUGAGUUACACUAGCACAUGUUGCAGGAUUAUUAGUGAACUUAGAGUCUGUAAAAAUUAUAAUAAAUACGUUUGAAGCAA